UGUUCCGCUCCCUAGCGUCCUAAAACAGGUGCAGCGAAAGGUCUUCACCACUCCUGUACAGGUUUUCUGGCAGGUGUGCGUUUUUUCAUCUCUCAAUUCACAUCGGGAGCUUUUGUGUUAACAGAGAGACCCCGCCAGUGUCCUUUUUGGGAGUUCGAAAUGCACGAAAGGUACAGUCCGUAAUGGAACCUCGCACGAAGGACGCACAUGGACCACUUGACAGCGACAAUGACGCGGACCCUGACUGUCCUCGCUUGCGUGUUUACUUUCAUCCAAAGUGGCGCGUGUGCAGACGCCGAGGAGCGACUGAUGAACUGGCUCCUGGGCAAAGACCGCUACAACAAGCUGAUCCGGCCGGCUGUCAACCGCACCGAGCGCGUCACCAUCCUCCUCCAGGUGUCCCUGGCCCAGCUCAUCAGCGUGAAUGAACGAGACCAGGUGAUGACCACCAACGUGUGGCUAACUCAGAACUGGAAUGAUUACCGUCUGUCCUGGAACCCGGCGGAGUAUGAGGGAAUCGACAAGCUGCGGAUCCCCUCCCGCCACAUCUGGCUGCCUGACAUCGUCCUGUACAACAACGCCGACGGCACCUACGAGGUGACCGUCUUCACCAACGCCAUCGUGCUGUUCAACGGCAGCAUCGCCUGGCUGCCUCCAGCCAUCUACAAGAGCGCCUGCAAGAUCGAGGUCAAGCACUUCCCCUUUGACCAGCAGAACUGCACGCUCAAGUUCCGCUCCUGGACCUACGACCACACCGAGAUCGACCUGGUCCUAAAGUCCGAAGUGGCCAGCAUGGACGACUUCACCCCCAGCGGGGAGUGGGACAUCCUGGCCCUCCCUGGGAGGCGGACGGUCAACGCCAACGAUCCCACCUACGUGGACCUCACCUACGAUUUCCUCAUCAAGCGCAAGCCGCUCUUCUACACCAUCAACCUGAUCAUCCCCUGCAUCCUCAUCACGUCCCUGGCCAUCCUGGUCUUCUACCUGCCGUCGGACUGUGGCGAGAAGAUGACCCUGUGCAUCUCUGUGUUGCUGGCCCUCACUGUGUUCCUCCUCCUGAUCUCCAAGAUCGUGCCGCCCACCUCGCUGGACGUGCCGCUGAUCGGCAAGUACCUGAUGUUCACCAUGGUGCUGGUGACCUUCUCCAUCAUCACGAGCGUCUGCGUGCUCAACGUGCACCACCGCUCGCCCAGCACCCAUACCAUGCCCGCCUGGGUCAAGCUGGUCUUCCUGGUCAAGCUGCCCGCGCUGCUCUUCAUGCGCCGGCCGCACAACAGCUCGGCGCGCCAGCGGCUGCGGCAGCAACGACGGGCCCGGGCCCAGCGCGGACUCCUGGGGCUGAGCUAUGGGGCGCCCGCGCUACCCUCGAUGCCCACCAUCUCGGCCUCGUCUGCCGCCCUGCUCACCUCGGCCUUCUCCUCGCCGGGGCACUUCUUCAAGAGUGCCUCGUCCACCGCCGCCGCUGCCACUACCUUCGGCUUCGGCUCCCAGGGCGGCAGGAAGGGGGACCUGCGCUCGGACUUCCUGCCCAAUGGGUACGCCUCGGCGCAGGACCUGAGGCAGAGAGCAGGGGGAGGAGGAGGAGGAGGAGGAGGAGGAGGAGGUGGCAGUGGGGGUGGUGGGAUGGACUGGGGCUCUAACGUGGGGGCUGUGGACGGGGUGCGCUACGUAGCUGACCGCAUGAUGGGGGACGACGAUGACCAGAGCGUGAUCGAGGACUGGAAGUACGUGGCCAUGGUAGUGGACCGGCUCUUCCUGUGGAUCUUUGUGAUCGUGUGUGUGUCAGGGACGCUGGGUCUCUUCCUUCAGCCCCUCUUCCAGAGCCACAUCGUGCCGCUGCCACACACAGAGUCCGCUGGCAGGAACGGCAUCUGACGUGACUCGUGUGUGUGAUCUACGUGACAGGUGUGACUGAUGUGUCUGUUUAUGUGACGGAGGUGACAAAUGCGAUGGAGGUGAAAGAGUGAUGGACAUUACAGGACGGAUGGAGGGAGACUCAUUCACCACAAGACUGAGGACAUCAGUAUUCAGCAGUGCUCAGCUCUGAGGGUGAGGAAGAGGAUGAGGAAGAGCCAUGUCUCACCUUCCAAUCACAUGCUGUUGCUGAAGGGCAUCCAAGCACCAAAUAAUUAAUUGCAAGUCCACACGCUUUCUCUAUAAAAAAAAAUGUGCACACAGCCUAACAAUUUAGCUAGAAUCAGAUCACUAGAUGUCAGAUAGACACCUUUCACUGUGAAAGAAGAAAAGAGACUCAUAAAUAAGGUGACCAGACAUACUCUUUGUUUUUUGUUUGUUUUUCUAAACUGUUUGUUUCACAAGGCCUGUAGUACCACCCAGUCGCUAUGUAACUAAAUCCCACUUUUUACAGUUGUUAGACAAAGAAUCUUACCGCCAUGACGUAAAACACACAGAGCCAUUUAAACCGUGUGUGGACCAGUGGUGUGCUGGCUUUACUCUUCCUAUCAACCCAGUCCAAAUUCUUGUCCUAGUGCUCAAGGGGGAAAGGAGAGAAGUGUCUUGUUCGGAAGGAGUGCUUUACAGGGAUGAAUGGAAGCCUCAUAAACUGACCUCAUCAUCACAAAUUGACAUUUAUUUCCUGCUAUUAACUUUGUUAACCUUGGUUGCUUCUGUAAGUUACCAUUUUUACUUGCUCUCUGUAAGU